AUGAAAACUGAGUUAGAAAAAGUUUUGAAUUUAAGAAAAUUCUUUACAAUAAAUAAAUCAACUAACACAACCAUUAUAUAUAAUUUAAGCAAAAGUAGUUUGCUUUUUCUUCAAAACAUUUACAUAAGUUGGCUGCAAUCUGUGUGUACUAAAACUAAUAAACAUAUGCCAGUUUUCAUCACUAAGAAAUAUGCUGAAGAUCACAUUCAAGACCAGCCAUUUGGGUUUCUUGAAAAUCAUGUUAUUAAAUAUGAUGAGUCCGCAGUGUUACACCAUGAUAUUGAAGAUUGUGCACCAAAGAACACAUCACUACUUCAAUUAAAUAUGAUUGUGCCUCAUCACACAAGCAUGCAGUAUUUUAUUCAAUGGCAAAGACAUAGAAAAUAUUGGUGGAGUUCUGUCACAACUACACCCAGUUUAUUUGCUGUUAAUGAAUUUAAAUACGAAAAAGAAACAGCAGAAUCUAAUAUUGUAGCACAAUUUCCUUGGGGACAUCAUACAGUAGAGACUGUAUCAAUGACUUCUAGGGGAACAGAGGACUAUUCCCAUUUGAAAUGUUCUAUGUCAUUAGAAAGAGCCAUGUUUAUAUUAUUGUUAGAUGGCAUGAUGAACAAGAGAGAUAGUGAAUACCUCAAAUUGCACAGAAACAUGACUCCAUACAAAAUAUCAUUUGCACUGAACACUAAAGAAAAAACUGACUUAACAAACAUGAAUGGACUGGUUAAUCUAAUGCGCCAAAGACUAAAAUCAAAAGAUAUAUCAUCUUAUCUUCCUGAUUUAACACUUGCAUUGGAAGAACAGAUAAAAGAAAACCUGCAGUUAGGUGUGACCUACACUGCCAUACUAUGUGAUAAUACUUUAACAAAUGGAAUAUUUAAUUUGUUAAAUAGCAGUACGAUGUUAACGGAAGAAGUACAUGUUGCCGAUUUUGACUCCUAUGCAAUGUUGUUAUGUCGCAAAUGAUAAAGAAUAGUUUUAGUAUGUGGAAAAUAAAGAUUGAUUAAAAACAA